AUGCCAUUAACGUCUGUAUAUUUUGUAUGCACCACAGGAUUUUUGCUCAGUAUAGCUAUGGUCUAUAUAUUUUUGGGAUGGAUCAUAUUCCGACGAUGGAAAUAUUUCAAAUGUUCCUUUUUUCGAAUUUAUUUGGUGGCUACCGCUGUGAAUCUCACUAGCAUUUGUGUACAGUUUAUGACAUAUCGACUUCCGUUUCAUACAUGUAGCCAUUGCUUAUUGGCUGAUUUUUUUCGAAAAAAACAUUUUUUUGGAAUGGAAGUUAUCAAUUUUCUCUAUGUACAUUGCUCAAUCGUACAAUACAACAUCUGUCUCAUCUUGUCGUUCAAUCGGCUUCACUCUCUCUACUAUCCAUCAUCAUGUGAAAAGAAAUGGCGAAACAUGUUCUUUUCGCUCUCAUUAUUGGCUGUCUGUGCUCCAUUAAUUAUAGAUUAUCCUUUAAUAAGAGGACAAUCAUUCUAUCAAUUCGUUGACAAGAUGGACAUGUUUCAAACACGAUCCACAGCGUAUUCAAAUGAACUCUUCAAUGGUGUCAUAGUCUAUAGCGGAGUUAUAACAACAAUCAAUUUGAUUUUGAAUGUGCUCAUGGCUUCAUAUCUCAUAUCUAAAAGGGAUCGAGAAAUAAAAUCAUCUGAACGCAAAUUAUGCAUUAUGACAACAAUACUAUUCUGCUUACAAUUCUUCAACUUCGUUCGUUCGAUACUAUGGAACAUCUAUAAUGAUCAUGAGCAGCGCAAUUCACUUGUUAAUCGUUUGUUACUAUAUAUGGAGCCAAUAUUUCUAGAUCUCAUGGUAUCAUUUCCUCCAAUCAUUCUUGUACUUUGUAGUCGAAUUAUUCAACGCCAAAUUCAUGAAAUAUUCUUUGCCAAAGACAAGAUUCCAUUAGCUUCACAAGCUCUCUAA